AUGACGGAAAACGCCGACGGACCAUUUCAAAUGGAUGAGGAUAUAUCGGGUCUACCGAAUGAUAAUGCGGGAGGUGAGUCGAUCUACAAUGGAAUUGGAGCCAGUGCAAGCACACUUGCGGACAACACCGACACACUGCUACGUUCGACGUUGGACCAACUCAAGCUACAUGAGAAUGAAAAUGAAGCUAAAACUACAGAAGACGAAGAGGAGAAAAUAUAUGAUGAAGAUGCCGACGAUAAAUUGGAUAUAAAUUUGCAAAAAAAACUACAAUUGGAGUAUGAAGAGCAGCAAAAGCGACUAAAGAACACCAAUGAAACCACAAAUAUGACAGAUGCCGAAACCCAUCAUGAUUUUGACGUUGAGGAUCAAGAAUUGACCCCGCCAGAGAAUUUUGCUUUAGUCAUUGGAUCCAUUUAUAGAAGUUCUUUCCCUCAACCUGCCAAUUUCUCAUUCUUGAAACAACUCAAAUUAAAAUCAGUUUUAUGUCUAAUACCAGAGGAGUAUCCAGAACUUCAACAAAGGUUUUUCGAAACCCACAAUGUCAAACUAUUUCAAUUGGGGAUGUCGGGAAAUAAAGAACCAUUUGUUAAAAUUUCACUGGAUUUGAUCACACAAGCGAUUAAAAUUGUUUUAGAUCCAGAGAAUCAACCGAUACUUAUACAUUGUAAUCGUGGUAAACAUCGAACUGGUUGUUUAAUUGGGGUUUUAAGACGAUUACAAAAUUGGUCUAAGACUAUAAUUUUUGAUGAGUACAGGAAAUUUGCUGCUCCCAAAGAACGACCAAUGGAUCAACAAUUUAUUGAGUUGUAUGAUGAUCGACAUAUAAAGGAGUAUUGUAAUGAACGAGGGUUGUUACCGUUGAAAUGGGGGUGA